GAGAGAGAGAGGGGCGUGGUCCAAGUGCUUCCACUUAGGGUACUGUUUCUCCCUCUUCCUGCACACUUUCUUUCAUUGACUGGGAAUGACAACUGGAUAGACACAGUAUGCUUCAGUGAUAUCUGCAUUGAACAUCUGAUCAGCGAGGCCAUGGGAAAACUAAAAGGACUGCUGCUUCUCUUCAUUUUAACAUCAUGUUUUCUUGUGAGCAGUGCACAAAAUGCAAGUGUGUAUACAGGGUGCAAGGCUAAUUUGGCUGACAUUGUAUUCCUUGUGGAUAGCUCUGAUAGCAUUGGUGAUGCAGACUUCCUGAGGAUGAAACAGUUUCUGCGCACAUUCAUAGUGGGUCUUGAUAUUAGGCCUGAUAAAGUCAGAGUAGGAGUGGCACAGUUUAGUGGUGAACCUCGAAAAGAGUUCCUGUUGGGGGAGUAUGCAGACAAGAAUGACCUGCUGGAGAAGGUAGACAAACUCACCUACCUGACAGGAGGCACUGAAACAGGAAAAGCUCUCGACUUUAUCCAAAAAAAUUACUUCAAUGAAUCGGGUGGCAGUCGGAUCAAUCAGAAUGUGCCACAGAUUGCUGUGGUGAUCACAGAUGGUGAAUCCACUGAUGAAACGAAGACUCCAGCCAUGAUGCUACAGAGUAAGGGGGUGUUAAUCUUCACCAUUGGGGUUGGUGCAGCCAGCAUUAGAGGCCUGCAGUCCAUUGCUAACAAACCACAUCAGCAUUUUGUACUGAGUUUCACUGACUACGAGAACCUGCUAAAAGCAACCACCAGCACAGUAGACAAAGUGUGUAUUUCUCUGGAGGCCCAGCAAGAAGCUCUAGCUCCAACAUAUGCAGAUGUGUUUGUGUUGGUGGACAGCUCAAUUGAGCAGACCCAAAAGGUGAUACAGUUCCUCAAUCGCCUAGCCAAUCAACUUAAUGUGGCGAGUACAUCUAAUCGGAUGGCUUUGGCUCAGUUUGGUGAAGACGUUUCAGUGGAAUUUCGUUUCGAUGCUUAUAAAACCAAAAAUGAAGCACUUGCACUCAUCCGCAAAUUCCGACUCAGAGGCACUGGGCAGCGGAAACUUGGAAAGGCGAUGAAUUAUGUGCGCACUAACCUCCUCACCACUGCAGCAGGCAGCCGAAUUGCUCAGGGCUAUAAGCAGUACCUGCUGGUGGUAAGCAAAGGAGAAUCGGAUGACAAUAUACUUAGAGCGGUUCAUUUAUUAAAGGAUGAGGAAGUGACUCUUGUCAGUGUUGACUUCAGCAAAGAGCAAGAAACUGAUCCACAAAUGCCUAUGGCUGCACCGCCAAAAAGAACCAUCUAUGCUGCAACAAAAAAUCCCGCAGACAUAGCACAAGAUACGAAGACUCUCAUUGAAACUAAGGAACAGAUCGAAGUAACUGGAGACUGCAAGUCAGCUGCGGUGGCUGAUAUAGUGUUUAUUGUGGACGUGUCGGACAGCAUCACUGUUUCAAACUUCAGGCUGGUCCGUAACUUUCUCCACCGCAUGAUUAAUGGCUUGCAGAUUGAUGGCUCUGACAGUGUGCGGGUUGGAAUGGUCCUGUACAGUGACACACCCACAGCUGACUUCUACCUAAACACUUUUGAUGACAAAGAAGACAUCCUGCAGUACAUUAAGCUUUUGCCCUUUAUGGGUGGAGGAUCCAACACUAGCAAGGCCCUUAAGUUUGCAAGAGAGAAACUCUUCACCAAGGACACGGGCAGCCGCCGUGCCUUAGGAGUGCAGCAGAUUGCUGUGGUCAUAACAGAGGGGGACUCCUUGGGUAAUGUCACAUACCAGGCUGCUCAGCUAAGGCGCAGUGGCGUCCAGGUCUAUGCCUUAGGAGUCACAAAAGAUAAUGUGGAACAGCUGAAAGAGAUUGCAUCUUAUCCUCCUGAGAGGUUUGUGUUCAGUGUGGAGAGCUUUGCUAAGCUUAAUACAAUGGAAAAAAUACUGAGGAAGACUCUGUGUAACAAUGUUGUCCGUUCAACGGUUGACAAGUCUGUUAGGUACAGUUUAAAGCAAGGAUGUAUCCAGACAGAAGAAGCAGACAUCUAUUUCCUAAUUGACCAUUCUGGGAGUAUUAAUGCACCAGAUUUUCAGGACAUGAAAAAGUUUAUUCUUGAGUUUCUGCUCCUGUUUACUAUUGGACCAAAACAGGUCCGUGUGGGUGUGGUGAAAUUUGCAAGUAACCCCACACUAGAGUUUGGACUGGAUGAGUAUAAUGACAGAGCCUCUCUUGAAAGAGCGGUGGACAACAUUCAGCAGAUAGGUGGAGGCACAGAGACGGGACAGGCUCUCUCUUCCAUGAGCCAACGCUUUAAGGAGGCUGAAAGGACUCGUGGCAAUAAGGUUCAAGAGAUUCUCAUUGUCAUUACUGAUGGACAGUCUGACGAUAAAGUUAAAGAUCCAGCAGCACAGCUGAGAGCACAGGGGGUGAUCAUCUAUGCCAUUGGAGUGAAAAACGCAAAUAAGCAGGAGCUCCUUGACAUAGCAGCUGACCCAAAGAGGGUGUACUUUUGCACCAACUUUGAUGCACUGAAACCCCUCAAGAAUGAAAUUGUUACUGAUAUAUGUUCAGAUAAAGCCUGCAAGAACAUGUUGGCAGAUAUCAUCUUUUUGAUUGAUGGUUCAGGGAGCAUUGACCCUAACGACUUCUCCAAGAUGAAGAAAUUCAUGAGUACAAUAGUAUCCAACUCUACAGUUGGCAAGGAUGGUGUACACUUCGGAGUAGUGCAGUUCAGCUCAAGCCCAAAGGUUGAAUUUGCCCUCAACAAAUUUUCUGACAAACUCCAAAUGCAGCAGGCCGUUAAUCAAAUGCAGCAGCUGGGCGGUGGCACUAUGACUGGGGCUGCACUCGGUAUUUUAUCAGGCUACUUUGAUCCACCAGAAGGAGGUCGUCCCGGCACUCCACAGAUCCUCAUUGUGAUCACGGAUGGCGAAUCUCAAGAUGCCGUUGCUCAGCCUGCACGAACCCUCAGAGAAAAGGGCAUUACAAUAUAUUCUAUAGGAGUACUUAAUGCUAACAGCACACAACUGCGAGAGAUCAGCGGAACUCAGGACAAUGUUUAUCUGGAAAGAGAUUUCGAUGCAUUGGACUUCCUAGAUAAAGAUCUCUUGCUUAAGAUCUGCACUUCUGUUGAUGAUUGCCAGAAAUCACAAGUAGCAGAUGUUGUCUUCUUAGUGGAUGGUUCAACCAGCAUUGGCACCGAAGCCUUUAAGAGUAUGCAGUUCUUCAUGAACUCAGUGGUGAACACCACACAGGUUGGAAAAGACAGUGUCCGUUUUUGUACUAUUCUUUACUCGAACACAUCUGAGGCCCAAUUUUCCCUUAAUCGGUAUGACAGUAAACAAGACGUGCGGGAUGCUAUAAAUAAUCUAAAGCAUCCUGGUGGGAACACAUACACAGCCCAGGCACUACAUUACUCUCUGGACUACUUUAGUGACUCUCAUGGGGGGAGAAGUGCAAAAGGCGUCCCACAGAUGCUGUUUGUCAUCACGGAUGGUGAGGCCACAGACCGAUAUUAUUUACCCAAACCUGCUGAUGAGCUUCAAAAAUAUGGAGUUAGUGUUUAUGGUAUUGGAGUGGCCAAUGCAGACGAAAGUGAGCUUCUAACCAUUACCAAAGACAAAAACAAGGUUUUCAUGGUUCAGGAUUUUGAAGCUUUGAAGGCCCUCAAACAAAACAUUUCCAGGGUGAUCUGCAACAACACAAAACCAGAGUGUCGGAAAGUGUCCGCUGAUUUGGUCAUUUUGAUUGAUGGGUCUACAAGUAUUUCAGAUGACUCAUGGAAGACCAUGAUACAUUUUAUGCUCAGCCUCAUUGACAAUCUUCGCAUCAAACGUGACCUCUUUAGAAUCGGUGUAGCCCAGUUUAGUUCAAACUACAGAAAGGAAUUUUACUUGAAUGAAUAUGAUAAUGAUGUGAAUAUAAAGAAGGCCAUUGAGGCCAUCAAACAAAUGAAAGAAAGUACACUCAUUGGUGCUGCUCUGAAUCAAGUGCAAGAGUUCUUCCAUGCCAGUAAAGGGAGCCGCAUUCAAGAUGGAAUUUCACAGAACCUGCUGUUGAUCACUGAUGGAGCAUCACAGGACAGCGUUAAUGAUCCAGCUGAUAAAUUGAGGGCCAAGGGCAUUGAGAUAUUUGUGAUUGGAAUAGGUGACAUCUCAUAUUCAGAGAUCAAUUACAUUGCUGGGUCACCUGGCAGGGUUUAUACUGUGAAUAAUUUUGACCACCUCAAAUUAAAUAGAACAACACAGGAGGUGAUCAGUACCAUUUGCGAUCCAAAGGACGAACCGGGUUGCACUGUAGAUAUUGGUAUUGGAUUUGAUAUCUCCCAAAGUGGUUCAAGCUCACAGGCAAUCUUUAGUAGCCAAUAUAAGCUGUGGGCCUACCUGCCUGAGAUUGUCAGAUACAUCUCCACUCUGCACAACUUGUGCUGUGUGCCCCAGCCACGUUCUCUGCCAACCAACAUUGGUUUCCGUUUGGUUGCUAGCAAUGGCAAAAUAUGGUAUGACACUCGUUUUGAGAAGUACAAUGAAGCCAUAGUGACGAAGGUGAUAGCUCAAAUGACUGAAGGACUAGCCUUUAAUACCCAACUCCUGCACUCUUUUGAGAAUAAGUUUGGUGCCUCUGGAGCUGGUGUAAAGGUAUUGAUCAUUUUCACUGAUGGCCUGGAUGCAUCUGUCGAUGACCUUAUGGUUGCCUCAGAGAAUCUCAGGAAAAGUGGAGUCCACGCGCUGAUUCCAGUAGCUCUGGAAGGAGUCAAAAGCACCACAGACCUACAGAAGCUAGAGUUUGGACGAGGUUUUGGCUCCAAUGAGCCUCUUAUGAUUGGCAUGCAAAAUGUGGGCAGUGUUCUGCAGAAGCAGAUUGAUGCUGUGGCUUCAAGAGAGUGCUGUAAUGUGAUGUGUAAAUGUACUGGUCAUGAAGGGGUGCGAGGACCUCGAGGAUCUCCAGGGACAAAGGGCUCUCCUGGACGGAAAGGACAUCCUGGAUUUCCUGGAGAAGAUGGAGCAUUUGGAGAUAGGGGGCCGCCAGGUCUGAAUGGAACCCAAGGACAUCCAGGCUGCCAAGGGAGAAGAGGUCUAAAGGGUAGCAGUGGCCACAGUGGUGACACAGGAAUAGAUGGAGAAAAUGGUUUGGAUGGAAUAAAUGGAGAACAGGGUGUGACUGGAUCAUCGGGAUACCCAGGAGAGCCAGGCAAUUCAGGCAGACAAGGCAAGAAGGGUCUCCCAGGAAUUCCAGGUGACCCAGGACAAAAAGGACUGAGAGGAGAUCCGGGUGAGCCAGGCAUUGACAACAAUUUCCCUGGUCCUAAGGGUGAGAUUGGAAACCCAGGCCCAGAGGGAGAGCCAGGGCCAGAUGGAAGCCCAGGAAGGCCUGGAGACAAUGGCAAUGCUGGUCUAAAGGGAAGACGAGGCCCUGCAGGUCUAAAUGGUGCUCCAGGACCUCCAGGAGAACCAGGAUUAAGAGGAAGCCCUGGAGCUUCAGGGCCACAGGGGCCAGUGGGUCCUAUUGGUGGUAAAGGAGAUCGAGGGAUACCUGGAUUUCCCGGACCUCACGGAUCACCAGGCACACAAGGAAAUCCUGGCUCUAGAGGAAGUGUAGGACCCAGGGGACAAAAGGGUCAGCCAGGCGAACCUGGAAAUAAAGGAGCGGAUGGGCCAAAGGGGCACAGGGGCCCUCCGGGAAAUGACGGUACAGAUGGAUAUGGGAAACAAGGACCUAAAGGACAGAAGGGAGAUCCUGGUUUUCCAGGAUAUCCUGGACAACCGGGUGACACUGGGGAUCCUGGGGGAAAGGGAGGGAAUGGUCCUAAAGGCCAAAGAGGAAGAGCGGGAAAUGCAGGCAGGUCAGGAACACCGGGUAAUCCUGGUGAUAACGGACUACCUGGACCUAAGGGCCAUAAAGGACCACCAGGAACCAGAGCAAUGCCUACUUGUCAACUGAUCAGCUACGUACGAGACAACUGUGUCUGCUGUAAAGAUAAAGCAGCUUGCCCUGUCUAUCCCACUGAACUGGUGAUUGGUUUGGAUAUGUCUGCUGACGUGACUCCUGCAUUAUUUGAGAGAACGCGCUCGACUCUUCUUUCUCUGCUGGACAGAAUCGAAAUCAGUGAAAACAACUGUCCCACAGGGACACGAGUGGCUGUGGUUUCUUACAGUUCUAACACCAAGUACCUCAUCCGUUUUUCUGACUAUCGUCGUAAAAAGGGCUUGGUGGAAGCUGUGAAGAACAUCCCUCUGGAACGUACAUCUGACAGACGCAACAUUGGUGCAGCCAUGCGCUUUGUAGGUAGAAAUGUCUUCAAACGUAUUCGUCAGGGUGUUCUGAUCAGGAAGGUGGCGAUCUUCCUAUCUGGUGGACAGUCCCAGGACGUGACAUCCAUAACCACGGCUGUUCUAGAGUACAAGGCUCUGGAUAUAAACCUUGGAGUUAUUGGUUUUAGGGAUACUCCUAAUGUUCAGCGUGCUUUUGAGGCUGAUGAGACAGGAAGCUUUAUUAAUGUGGUGGAGAGAUCAGAUACCCAGACUGCAGCACUUGAGAAGAUCCAGCGAUGUAUCAUCUGCUUUGAUCCUUGCAAUCCAGCUGAAGGUUGUAGCAACUCCAGCGAGGUGUCCACCUCAAAGGAGGUAAACAUGGACCUGGCGUUGCUGGUGGAUGGUUCCCGGAGCAUCCAGGCAGAUCAGUAUGAGGGAGUGAAGCAGGUGUUGGGCACUGUGUUGGACCAGCUUGUAGUGAGUGGUCAGCCCAGCAAAGCUGACAGACAGGCGAGGGUGGCACUUUACCAGCAGAGUACAUCAUACAGUGGGGCCCAGGCUCCAGUCAAGCAGAUCUUCACUUUCCAGCAGUUCCAAGACCGCAAGCUAAUGAAGCGGAGCAUCUUCAACAAUCUACAGCAGACCGGCGGCUACUCCAGGCUGGGUGAUGCCAUGGACUUUGUAAUCAUGGAGGGCCUUCUCACUGUUCCCAAGCCUCGAAAAAACAAGAUGGUGCUGCUUAUAGUUGGAGGAGAGACAGAAUAUUCUGAUAGAGCAAGACUGGACUUUAUCUCCAUGAAAGCAAAGUGUCAGGGUGUGGUGCUUUUCACUCUUACAGUCGGGCAUCAUUUCAGCAGCACUCAGGUGGAGGAGCUUGCCAGCUUUCCCAAAGAGCAGCACAUAGUUCACUUGGGCCAUGUAAAGCAAGGAGAGCAGGAGUACUCUCGGCGCUUUAUAAGGACUUUCCUACACAUUCUGAGCCGGGGCAUGAACACCUACCCUGGCCCAUCACUCAGAAGUCAAUGUGAGAGUCUUCCACCAGAUCCAGGUCACACCUGGACAUCCACUGGCAGGACUCCUUCCCCAACAUUACCUUACCCUGAGAUUAGAGAGGAUGCGGACCUGAUGAUCUCAGGAAACGGAGAUAUAAAUGAUGUGUGCUACCUGAAAAAAGAAGUAGGGCCCUGCAGAAGUUAUGUUAACAAAUGGUUCUAUGAUCAAGAACAGAACAAAUGCUCUCGUUUCACUUAUGGAGGAUGUGGUGGGAACCUUAACAGAUUUGACACUCGGCCUGAAUGUGAAGCCCGCUGUGUGGAGCUUCUUACUGUACAGUGACUUUUUCAAAUUACUCCUUCUUUUCUCUGGUUAUAUAUAUUAAAAAAAAAAAACGAUGGCACAGUAGGAUAUAACAAUACUUUUAUGUGAUAUCCAAAUAACCUACACACAUUAAAGCUUCCAGCUUAUUUGUCACAUUUUCACAGUUGUUGCUGACAGACAGUUCUGAUACUAUCUGUAAAUGAAAUGUGUCUCACUAGAAACAAUAUUUCACUUCAUCAUAAAAGAAAAUUACCAUGGUGCUCAUUCUUUAAUAAAGCGAACCAUUGUGUGAAUAA